UACAACAUGGAAACAAUUGGCGGUAAACAAAAGAUGUUCGAGCCGUCGUGUAACAGGAUGUCCUGGUGUGGCAAAGAUAAUCGAUGGACAAGUACAUGUGCGAACUCUACAUAAACAUCCACCAGAUAUUAAAAAGUUGGAAAAAUCUAAAUUGCAGAACGAAAUGUUACGUUUAUCACGAGAAUCGCUUCUGCCACUGAAGGAGAUUUUUGAUAACGUUUCUCGAACAAAUCCAGAAGUAGCUGCACAUAUAUCAUAUAGUUCUAUGAAAAGUAUGAUGGCUCGAGAACGAAUUAAACAAAGACCUCCUAUUCCACAUACCUUUCAAGCCUUAUGUACUGAUUUAAUUGAAUACGAAUGGAUUAAAGAAUUUUAUAAAGGAAAUGUAGUUGCACAAGAUGGUAGCAGAGCUGUUAUAUUUUCAAGUGAUAAACUUCUUGAAAUAAUUCAGCAAGCUCAAGAAAUUUUUGUCGAUGGAACUUUUUCGGUUGUUCCUCGUUAUCCACAUAUAGAUCAACUGUAUACUAUUCACAUUCGUUAUAUAAAUAAAGCAGUUGGAACUGUGUUCUGUUUAUGUGAAGCACGUACCAGUGCACUAUAUGAAGCAAUAUGGUUGAAGAUAUUACAGCUAGCUCCAGGAUUAAAAACUAGUGUCAAAUUUAUUAUGAGCGAUUACGAAGCAGCAGCUAUGAAAGUUUUGGAAAAACUUUUUCCAAAUGCAAAUAUUCAUGGCUGUUGGUUCCAUUAUAAUCAAGCUGUAUUACGUAAGUGGAAUCGCUUAGGUUUAACAAAUAUUUCAAGUACGCUGUUGUCUAUGACAAUGACGCUUCCAUUAUUGCCACAAGAAUACUUCGUGCAGGCAUUAAGAAUAUUGCAUAAUUAUUGUGAUGCUACACAUUCCAAAUAUGAGGAAUUAUUGCACUUUGUAACAUAUAUUGAAAAAACCUGGUUACCUAAAGCCUCAAAAGUUAGUGUAUAUAACUGUCCCGUAAGAACAAACAAUUUAGUAGAAAAUUUUCAUAGUACGAUGAGACGAAAACUGGGUCCUCAUCAAAAUUUAUGGAUAUUUUUAGAUAAACUGACAAAGUUACUCGUAGAUCAAGAAAUUAAUUUUGAACGUUUACAAAAUAAUAAAAGUUUAACAAUUGCACAACCACGCAAAAAUAAAGAGCGUGACUUAAAGAUUUUUCAAGCACAAACAUAUUUAAUUACAGGAAGGUUGCCUCUUGAACAGUUCUUGCUAAUAUUUACUGGAAUACACAACAAUUUUUACCUUCAACAGGAUAUAAACAUGCAAGAAAAAGAAAAUGUACCAAACGUAUUCUUGGAAAAUCAAAAUGGAGAAAAAGAAAAUGUACCAAACGUAUUCUUGGAAAAUCAAAAUGGAGAAAAAGAAAAUGUACCA